CCUCCGGUGGGAAGCGUGGACUGGAGCCGGCUCUGGUGCUGCUGGCCGGUGGGACGUGGGGAGCAUCGGCUCCGCAAUAAGAAUAAGUACUCGGCUCCCGGCAGUGUCGCCGUCAUGGGGAAGGACUAUUACAAGAUUUUGGGCAUCCAGACCGGCGCCAAUGAGGACGAAAUCAAAAAAGCCUAUCGGAAAAUGGCCCUGAAGUAUCACCCCGAUAAGAAUAAAGACCCCAACGCCGAGGAGAAGUUCAAGGAGAUCGCGGAGGCUUACGACGUCCUGAGCGACCCCAAGAAACGAGCCAUUUACGACCAAUAUGGGGAGGAAGGUCUCAAAACUGGAGGUGGCUCUUCAGGUGGCUCAGGGAACACUUUCCACUACACCUUCCACGGAGAUCCCCACGCCACCUUUGCGUCCUUCUUUGGAGGCUCCAAUCCUUUCGAUAUCUUUUUUGCUAGCAGCCGCUCCCGGGUGUUCAAUGGCUUUGACCAGGAAGACAUGGAUAUCGAUGACGAUGAUGACCCUUUCAGUGCCUUCGGCCGGUUUGGCUUCAACGGCAUUAACGGGGUUCACCGGCGGCACCAAGAGUCCCUGCACACACGGAGGAAGGUCCAAGACCCACCCGUCAUCCAUGAGCUCAAGGUGUCCCUGGAAGAGAUCUACCAUGGCUCCACAAAGAGGAUGAAGAUCACUCGCAGAAGGCUCAAUGCUGAUGGCCGGACCAUGCGGACUGAGGACAAGAUCCUAAACAUUGUCAUCAAACGAGGUUGGAAGGAGGGAACCAAAAUCACAUUCCCCAAAGAAGGGGACGCCACCCCGGACAACAUCCCUGCCGACAUCGUCUUCAUCCUCAAGGACAAGCCUCACGCGCACUUCAAGAGGGACGGGACGAACGUGGUCUACACAGCAAACAUCAGUCUUAAAGAGGCCUUGUGUGGCUGCACCGUGAACAUUCCCACCAUCGACGGGCGGGUGAUCCCGCUGCCCUGCAACGAUAUCAUCAAGCCGGGGACAGUGAAGAGACUGCGCGGGGAGGGGCUGCCCUUCCCCAAGGCCCCCAGCCAGCGAGGAGACUUGAUCGUGGAAUUCAAAAUCCGCUUCCCAGACAGAAUAGCUCCCCAGACGAGACAGAUCCUCAAGCAGCACCUCCCGUGCUCCUAGAGCCUGGGGACUCUCCUCCAAGCAGCAAUACUCCAAACGCACGUGCCGCAGCACUCGGCCCGCAUGGAGCAGAGGUGCCACAGCACUUUCAAAUGCAAAAAAAAAACCAACCCCUCACACCAUUUCCCUUCCCCCAAAA